AUGAGUCAGGCCACAGUCGGGGGGCGGGGCUCCUCGGCUGGCAGAGGCAGAGAGCGCGGAACCGCCCCACGGGCUGGUGUCUCGAGCCCCAAGGAGCCUGGGGAGGACUCCGUGUCCUGUGAGUCGCGCGCGGCUGCUGCAGAGCAGAGGCCUUCAGCUACAGACAAAGGCCCAGAGUUAGAGCUGAGUGACCACAAAGCUGCCUUUGCCUGGGGUCUGGGGACGCUGGGAACCUCUGAGGUGGGGAAACCAGGUCGAGGAAGAGACGCGCUGAGGCCGUGUAAGUGGGAGCUGGACCCUCAGGGCUUCUUCUCCCGGAGCCCCCCCGGGCCAGGAGACCCCCCUCCUCCCUCCUCGCUGGCACCUGGCGGCAAGGCUGGACCUGGAGGCAGCAGGGCAGGAGGCGGGGCCCCGUGGGCCUUUCCUUAUCACGGCCACGAGUGCCGGUCGCCAGCCUUGACAGACUCACGAGAAACGUCCCUCUGCAAACCGGGAGGGGGUCCCCACCAGACACAGGGCAGAUCCGCAGGCACCUUCAUCUUGGAAUUCUGGCAUCCAGAUGGGCUCCUGCCGCUCAGUGUUGGCCUCGUACCGCUUCUGAGUCGAGGCUUCAAGAGUCAGUUCGUGGCCCACCGUUUUUCCUACUCCCAUUUCAUGACGCUGGUGACACACCCGCCUUCAGAGCAAAGGCCAUCGGCGCCCGGAGCCCGGGGAGGUCAGGGCCACGGUGGCGGGACUGGAUGCCCCGUCCCUGGGCUGCCCUGGUGCCGGCAGAGUCUCAGCGUCAAACGGUCCCGGCCCGGGCACAGCCGCCUGCAGGUCCCCGAGAAUUCUGUUCAGCGGAUCCCUGUGACCCCAGAGUCGGGGAAGGGGGACACGGCAGCCGGGAUCGCGGCUGUGAGAGGAACCGACUCGAGUUACUGGGUGUCAGACGCUCCAGAAGCUCAAGCCAAGCCGUCCAGCAAACCGAGCGAUGGGGACUGCUUUGGGGCCUCCGAGGGCCCCGGGACCCCGCGUCCCCCCGUCCCGGCGCAUGGCCCCGGCUCCCGCCUCUGGCCUCCCCGCCUGUGCGCCACUGGCCGCUGUGGGGCCGCUGCCCUGGGCGCUCACGGCAGCCGCCUCCCCCUGGAGAGCCCAGCACAGGCCGCUCCGCACCUGGAGAGCUGCACCCCUGGGCGCCGGGCUCCGCGGGGGACCUGCCCUCUGAGCCUCCGCAGGCUGGGCCUGAAGGGGGUCCCUGCGGGUGCCCUGCCCCCACCCCCGUUCUCCGCUCUGUGCUCCGCCUCAUUCCACCCUCACUCCAGCAUCUUCGACCCCAUUUUCUCCAAACAGUGGGGGGGUGCUGUGCCCGUCCCGACCCCGGCAGCCGCGGCCAGGGCCUCCGUGUUGUGGGCGCGUGGCCGGCAGGGGCCCUGGGACUCCCAGCUGGUCUCAGAGGCUGCGUGUGGGUCUGGACCCCCCCGGGCCAUCCGCUUCCAGCGCGCACUUUCUGUCCCGCGUCGAGUCUCCUUCGCGUGCAAGUCCGGGCGCAGCCCCUCUCAGCUGCCCAAGUUCACUGCUUUGGGAGACCGUGGCCUGUCCUGCGCCAUCCACGUGGCUGCACGCUCAGCGCCGACCCCAGGCUGGGGGCCUCCCGGCAGCGCCGUGGUGUCGAGGGGCUGGAGCCGGGCCCUUGGCGCUCAGCCGAGCGGCGGCCCAGGCUCCAGAGCCCAGCAGAGCCCAGCGCAGCUUCUGGAUGUUUGCGACACGGCUCCGGCAAAACUCAGCCCAGACUUAGGCCACGAAGGCUCCGCAGCUCAGGGGCUGCUCGUUCAGCACCAGGACCCGCGCGGUGAGCAGGCCCCGACGGACAGGGGGCUGAAGCGCGGCCUCGGGCGCUCUCCCUGCAGCGGGGCUGGGACCGUGGACCCGAGAGGCGCCGGCCCAGCCCAGGAAAGAGCCAGGAAGGCCGCGAGCGGGGGUCGGGACCCGAGCAGGAGGAGCCGGCGGGCAGAGCAGGGGCCACCCGGCCCCCAGGCCUUGCCCGCGUCCGUCUGUCGCCCGCCUCACGCCCGCCGCCUGCUUGCGCAGGACCGGGACGCAGGCCCCGAGUCCCCGGCCCCAGCGCGGCCAGGGCACCCGCCACCCUCGCGCGGCCUCCGGGGCCGGGACCGUGAGCCCGGGGCCGCGCCCGGCAGGGGCACAGUGGCCCUGACCCCCGCCGUGUGCGACCCUGGGCAACGUCUCACCUUCCCUGACCCUCGGCCUCCCCAUCCGUGGAACGGCGAGGCCCACGCUCACCUGAAGGACCGACUUUGGACCAAGGGCGAUUACAGUGAAGCAGGUCCUGACUCACGGCAGUCAGUCAUUUGA